AUGGCGUAUCCCAAUCCACACAACGUGUCCGGAGAGACACCACCAUUGCCCCCGACAACAAACAACGGCCACGCAGCACUCUCACAAUCAGAUCGACGGCUUACCCUCAAUCAAGCCUCAGCAACGGCUCUACCACCCUCAUCACAGCCAUCCUCUCCAGCCAGGAAUCUUGGGCCCCAACGAAGCAGCUCCAGCGCAUCCCCGAAUGGCAGAUUGCCCCCUCGAAGCCCCCUCCAUCGCUCGCCCAGCUCCAUGAGCACAACCUCUCGCUCCUCGACACCUACACUGCUUCGAAAGGCUUCUAUGAAUUCCCUGCAUGGUGUAGGAGGUGUUACCCCGUCGCGUAACUCAUCGACGUCAAGGAGAUCUUCCUCGGCGCAAUUCAACAACGCUUCCACCAUGGUGGGCAAAUCCCCCCUUUCAGAGAUCGAGGACCCGAUCCCUCCUCAGCCACGACAUACACCUGCUUCCAUUGCCAGUAAUCAUUUCAAGAGCGAGCUGAAGUUGCAUAGUAGGGAGGACGAUUCUCGAUCUGCGGACGUCAUUGUGAUAUUGCACGACUCGUGUUAUGGCCACCGGUAUUCUAGACCUAGGACCUCGAAGGCUUCGCUCAGUACGAUUGUGGAGAGACCGGAGCGUAUACAUGCCAGUAUUCUGGGACUAUCAGUGGCGUAUGUUUGCCUGGGGGAGAGACAUGCCGACGGACAGUUUCCUUUACAUCCAGAUCGGGAUGCGACUUCGAUCCCUAGUAUACCAUUUCGAAUUCGCAAGACUACACGCAAGACGGCACUUUCUUCGCAGGCCGUGACGAAUGUUCACGGGGCAAAGUGGAUGGAGGAAUUGAAGAUUAUGUGCGAUAAUGCAGAAUCAAGGCUGGCCAUGAAUGGGAAGGAGUUGACUCGACCGGAUAUGAAUAGGAGCCCAGAUCAAGGCACGCCUGCGAAACUUCACGAAGGAGAUCUGUACUUAUGCGCUGAGUCGUUAGAUGCCAUGGAAGGCGCACUGGGUGCUGUAUGUGAAGGUGUGGAUGCAGUUUUCCAAGGAGCAGCAAGUGGGAAAGGACCAUUACGGACAUUCGUUGCGAUUCGACCUCCAGGACAUCACUGCUCAGCAAGUUAUCCAUCAGGAUUCUGCUGGUUGAAUAAUGUGCACGUUGGGAUUUCUCAUGCGGCUCUAAAUCACGGCCUGACCCAUGCGGCGAUCAUCGAUUUCGAUCUCCACCAUGGAGAUGGGUCUCAGGCUAUUGCAUGGGAGAGCAAUAGACGAGCUACAAGCGCCGCCAAGAAUGCUCAUCAGUGGAAGAAGACUUCGAUCGGAUAUUUCAGUCUUCACGAUAUCAAUUCAUAUCCCUGUGAGAUGGGCGAUGAGGAGAAAGUCAAAAAUGCGAGUUUGUGUAUCGAGAACGCUCACGGUCAGAGCAUCUGGAAUGUUCAUCUGCAGCCAUGGAAGAGUGAGCAGGAAUUCUGGCAGCUUUAUGAGACGAAAUAUGCAGUUCUAUUGGAAAAGACCAGGAAUUACCUGCGAGCCCAAACAGAGCGCCUUCGCUUAUCGCCUAAUGGACCGAAGCCAAAAGGGGCUGUUUUCUUGUCUGCUGGAUUUGAUGCCAGCGAGUGGGAAAGUUCAGGGAUGCAACGGCAUAAGGUCAACGUUCCUACAGAGUUCUAUGCUCGUCUGACGAGAGACGUGGUCAAGCUUGCAGGUGAGGAAGGUCUCGGUGUUGACGGUCGGAUUAUCAGUGUUUUGGAGGGUGGAUACAGUGAUCGCGCAUUAUGUACAGGCGUGCUGAGUCAUCUCAGCGGUAUGUCUGCGGGAGAUCCCAUGAUCAUUAAGAAAGAGCGCAGUCCAACUGGCUUGGGAUAUGAGAUGGGCCAGAAGAUCGGCACAUAUGAUGGUAUCCCACAUCCAGAGACACUCACCAUCGGUUCUCAGAUACAAAAUUACGAUCCCUCGUGGUGGUCGGUGCCGCGACUUGAGCAACUCGAUGCUCUCAUACACCCGGAGCCAGCAACUGCGGAACCCAGAAAACCGAGAGAUAUGCCAACUCCAACAUAUUCCUCACCCACACAAUCUUUUAUCGCCAAAGUCACUUCUCCUUCUGCACGUCGAACGGUCUCCAACAUGGGUCUCAGCAAUGGCUCGCCGCGAGCUCCGUCAAGAGCACCUUCUCCGCCUCCUCCAGAAGUAGACUGGACAGUAGCAGCCCACGAGUUGAGCAAGUUGCUUAUUCCCACAGAGAGACAGACUUUCAGUUGUAGGCCGGAAGAUUUAUCAGCGGAAGCCACUCGUGCUAGGAGAGAUCGACAAUCGAUCUUGACACCACCUACAGAAACGACUGUUGAGAACCCAGGUAGCCGGAUGGCUUUGAGGACGAGGAAACCCGCUAAGCCUUUGGCUGAGAGUGCCGAGGAGGAUGAGAAGAAAGCCGCUGCAAAGACAAAUCGUCGUAAGACAGUUGCAGGAGCGGCCGUACUUGCUGCUAGCACUGCAACCUCGAGGAGCACUACUCCCAUGCCAGACUACGCCAAGACCACGGCAUCAAGUCGCCGGCUAAGUUUGUCUUCAAACGCUGGAUCCGUAACAUCAGAGGCACCUCCACGCCAAAAUGGUUAUCGCGUACCAUCAAACAGUGCCCGACCAGGAACAUCUCAAAGCGUUCGACCAGAAUCAUCCAUAAGUGUACGAGGUCAACCCAAUGCCCCUAUCGUCCUGAAGAAGACUAGAGCUCCAGCUCAACCUCGCCCUGAAGCCAAAACCUCUCGAGUGCGCAAGAAGUCACCUCUGAAUGAUGCAGGCGCUUCUACCGCAGAUACGCUACCAAAGAACCCUCCAUCCAGAUCUGGCAGCGUGGUUCUUCCCACAACCGAGACCUCCGCGACAACAUCACAAGCAUCAGAUAUUGAUAGCCUGACUUCUGGCAUGAAGAAAGUCAAGAUAAGCCUGACGACUAAAGCACAACGAGAGGCUAAAGCCGCUGCUAAAUCGGCGGCGGCGAAGCCUUCUGUGCCUAAAGCUGCCAGACCAGCUCCUGCGAGGAAGGAGAGUGCGAUUUUGCCUCCUGCGAGGCUUCCAACACCUGCUUCAGAAACGAAUGGCAUUGCAAAGCAGCAACCAGAACAAACACAAGACAUGCUACCCGCAUUACCAUCAACACCUCAGGCAUCUAUACCAACCCAUCUCCGACGUCCAACCGAAAUCCCCCUUCCCGCAAGCUCGCCGCCAGUACCUAUUUCACAUACUUCUGAGCCCCCUACUGGGCCACCCACACAACCAAAUUAUCAACCCCAGAACCUCCCUCAAUCCACUGCACCACCACCCGUCCCAACCACAACACCAGACGUCUUCAUCCCCUACCAACCCGAAGGCCCAACACCAACUUUCGUACCCAACACCCAAGAACCUCUCAGAUGGCUAGAACCCAACACCAACACCCCUAGCCCUAUGAAAGGUCCCAGUCCUGGCGCUGGUGUGAAGAAGGCCGACCUACCUGUCUGGACGGCUACGAGCGCUAUCCCAUUUGGAGUUCCAGGGAUGGCGAAGCCGCUUGUUAGGGGUAGUGAAGUGCUGCAAAGUGAUAGUGCUGAGGGUGGGGAUAAAGGGAAUGUGAAUACCAGUGUAAGUGGAGCUGUGAAGAUGGGUGGUUCUGGCAGUGAACUGGGAAAGGACAAGGAUGUUGAUAUCUGGGAAGUUCCUGUCACGCCUGCUCGUCGCUGA